ACAAAUAUUUUAUUUAAAAAAAGAUAAUAUAUUUUCUAUCAUACAAGUACGUUAUGUUUGUAUAUUAUAAUGAGUAUGUGGCGCCACCCAGUGGACAAUCUUGACACGUGCAAUUUUGACCAGCUAUUCGGGGAUCAGUUAACCGUCCUGCAUGAGGUCAAGUAAAUGAUUAUCGAUGCAAUCGAUCCAAAGUUCAAUCCCGAUUUUUCAAACUGUUUACACUGCAGCAAUGUCCCUCAAAACAGUUUGUUGUAAGUUUCAUUUUUGGGGUCGCGUCGUCGCUCUACCAUAUGCCGGAAAACGAAGUUACGACAACAGCCGGAGCUCCGGACCAUCCGAGUCCUGCAGGGCGACUCGUGUACGGGUUGUGGACCUCCGCAGCGACACGGUGACCAAACCAGGACCAGCGAUGCGCCGGGCCAUGGCUGAGGCCGAAGUCGGAGACGAUGUGAUGGGCGAAGACCCCACAGUGAACGAGUUGCAGAAAAUUGCAGCUAACAUGUUUGGAAUGGAGGCAGCGCUCUUUGUCCCCUCGGGAACAAUGAGUAACCUCAUCGCAGUGAUGGUGCACUGCAGGGAGCGUGGCGAUGAGAUAAUCGUGGGGGACCGAUCCCAUUUGCACAUCUACGAGCAGGGAGGCAGCGCUCAGCUCGCCGGCGUCCACGCCACGACAGCCAACACUCUCGCCGACGGCACCUUCGACCUGGACCAGCUGGAGUCUAAGAUCCGCCACGACUACCCGAACCCCCACUACCCCCGGUCGAGACUUAUCUGCGUGGAGAACACGCAUAACGUACAAGGAGGACGUGUCAUGCCGCUUCGCUUCCUGCAAGAGGUGCGAGCUCUCGCCGACAAACACGGCCUGUCAGUGCACAUGGAUGGAGCGCGCCUGAUGAACGCUGUAGUGGCACUGGGGGUCCCGGUGACGGACAUAUUGCAGCACACACACACUGUCAGCGUGUGUCUCUCCAAGGGACUGGGUGCCCCGGUAGGAACCAUGCUGGCUGGGCCCAGAGAUUUGAUCUCCCAGGCGGUGAGGUGCCGUAAAGCUCUGGGGGGUGGGAUGCGUCAGGCCGGCAUUCUGGCAGCGGCAGGGAAACUGUCUUUGCUGGACAUGGUCGAAAGACUACAGGAAGAUCAUGAUAACGCAAAAACCUUCGCUCGAGCCUUGCAAACAUGCGAGCCGCCCCUGUUUGCCGUGGACAUGGCGGCAGUGGAGACAAACAUUCUGCGAUUCGGAAUCCGAGAACCCGCCUUGAGUCCCGCGGAGUUCUGCGACCGCAUGGCCAAAGUUGGAGAUGGAGAGGAAGACGCGCUGGGCCAGGGCGUACAAGUCCUCAUGUACCCUUAUUUUCGUAAUUCUGUGAGAGCCGUGUGGCAUCUGGGCAUAUCGGCCCAAGAUACGCAGCUGGCCAUCAGGAAAUUGCAAUUUGUUGCCCGGCAGUGCUUGAAGAAUAAACAAUAAAGGGGCUUGAAAAAUGUU